AUGGACGACCUAUUUGAUUAUGCGACCAAAAAGAAGACCAACGAAACUUGCAAUGGUGCCGACUACCUCCGACCGCGAAACGUAGACAUCACUGUCCAGUUGGGAUUGUCGCUUGUGCUUGGCAUUUCAGCGUUUACUACCUUUUGCAUCUUGCGACCACGAUGGUCUUCCCUAUAUGCGGCGCGCAAACGGCGCCUCGACCCUACGAUCGGACUCCCUGCGUUGCCCGACACCUUCUUUGGAUGGAUUCCAGGGCUGUUCAGGGUCACUGAGGAGCAAGUUCUGGCCUCGGCAGGCCUUGAUGCCUUUGUUUUCCUGUCCUUCUUCAAGAUGUCUAUUCGCCUGCUUUCGAUCAUGGCCUUCUUUGCCUAUGCCGUCCUCCUUCCGGUGAACCGACACUUCAUGAGCGAUUCUGGCCACCACGGCAAACACCCCAGCACUGCCAUGCUUCAUACCGUCUACGGCCAGGCCAAUCUUGACGGCGCCUUCGAACCAUCCCACGAUGUUGGCACGGUUGCAAAGAACAACGGCAAGGCACAUCUUUGGGCAUGGCUCGUCUUCACCUAUUUUUUCACGGCUCUCACCAUUUACAUUGUGAACAAGGAGACGUUCCGUGUCAUCCGUGUGCGUCAGGAAUACUUGGGAACGCAGUCUACCAUCACCGACCGCACGUUCAGGUUGACCGGGCUUCCUUCCAACCUCAAGGACGAGCAGAAGAUCAAGGAACUGAUCGAGGGCCUGGAGAUUGGCCAAGUCGAGACCGUCAGCCUGUGUCGCAACUGGAAGGAGCUGGACGGCCUUGUUGCGCAGCGCGAGGCCAUGCUGCGCAAACUUGAGGAGGCGUGGAGUGUCUACCUGGGGAAGCAGUCUGCUCUACCAAAGUCAAUCCAACGCCUCAGGUCGAACCGGAUUGAAGACGAGGAGAACCAGGGAUCUGGCAGUGGCGACAGCGACGAACAGGAAGAUGCGGGCGAGAAUGGACGGCUCCUUAGCCACGAGGACAUUCGACCCGAACUGAUCGAGAGACAGCGACCCUCGUUGACGCUGCGAAACUCCGACGUCUCGACGACAGGAUUAUUGCCUCGCGCAAAAAAGACCCCCGCUGCUGCGUCAACGGCGUUUGUCACCAUGGACUCGAUUGCGCGUGUCAGAUGCGAUCCAGGCCCGUAUCGACCCCCGACCGGCCAACUGCUCACAAAACCUGCGCCGUCCCCGUCAGAUGUCAUCUGGACCAAUACGGAUACGCCUAGGGGCGUCCGUGGCAUUCGCUCCUGGGUCAUUACGAUUUUUGUUACACUGCUGUCUCUCGUCUGGAUCGGCUCCGUUCCGUCCCUUGCCGGACUCUUGACCAUCUGCAACCUCAAGAAAUGGUUCCCGAACGUUGUGGCAACGCUGGAUGACCUACCUGUGCUCCGGGCCCUGAUAGAGACAGGCUUGCCGACGCUCCUCGUCUCGUUGCUCAACGUGGCGGUCCCGUACCUGUACGACUUCUUGUCGUACCAACAAGGCAUGAUCUCCAAGGGCGACGUCGAGUUGUCCAUUAUUUCCAAGAACUUCUUCUUUUCCUUCUUCAACAUUUUCAUCGUGUUCGCCAUUUCGAGCACCGCCAUCAAUAUUUUCCAGGUUGUGGGAAGGGUUCAAGACGGCCUUCGCGACACGGGAGCCUUUGCACGCUUCAUAGCCGGACAGAUCAACGACCUCAGCUUUUUCUACACCAACUUCAUCAUGCUGCAGGGUCUUGGCUUGUUCCCAUUCCGCUUGCUGGAGGUCGGCAGUGUCUUGCUGUACCCGAUCUACCGCAUGGGUGCCAAGACGCCACGCGACUUCGCCCAGAUCAUGUCGCCGCCUGUUUUUAGCUACGGCUUCUACCUCCCGACGGCAUUGCUCGUUUUCAUCCUGUGCCUUGUGUACAGCGUCAUUCAAUAUGGCUACCUGGUUCUGACGGUUGGACUCGUCUACUUCACGUUUGGCUACUUCACCUACAAGUACCAGCUUUUGUACGCCAUGGACCAGCCCCAGCAUGCGACCGGUGGUGCGUGGCGCAUCAUCUGCAACCGCGUGGUGCUGGGUUUGUUCGUCUUUCAGGUCGUCAUGAUCAGCGAGAUGGCCCUCGAGUCGGCCUUUAUCCAGUCGGUGCUGACAUUCCCUCUCAUUUUCUUGACCAUUUGGUACAAUUAUUACUUCAGCCGGCGCUUCGUCCCGCUGACGUAUUUCAUUGCCCUUCGCUCGAUCGUGCCGGAAGCUGGCACCGGCGAGGAGGCUGUGGCUGACGACGAGGACUUUGAUGGACCCAGACCGUCGCAUGGCCUGCUGAGGCGCGGCAGCACAAUUGAUGAGGACAAGGAAAAGGGGAUGAAAUUUGUGAACCCGAGCCUCACCUAUCGGUAUUUUAUGGCUGUUCUUGCCUUCGUGGUCCCUAGCUAA